GCGCGCGCGGCCGCUCCAUCCGCCGCGCGCGCGACGCCCAGCCCAGAACCGAGGAAUACAGAGAAUAUACAAUGUCCAGCCACGCCGCCGCGGCCAUCUCCGCUAUGAUCACCAGCCAGGUGUACCCGCAGCCGCCACGGGUCGCCACACACACCAGGCAGCGGAGCAGGAGCCAAGAGCUACGGCCUGUGGCGUCGCUCCCAAAAGGCAAAGUCAUCGGGACUGUACAGGUUACAAUCGGGAUUGUGCUCGUAGGCACUUUCUUCGUGUCGGUGCUUAAUUACGGAGGUCUCUAUCGGGAGGCGCAGGUGGCAUCGGUGGUGGGAUGCGUAGUGUACGUCUUGAGCGGUCUGGUGUCUGCUUUUGCCAAAGGACAGAGCGGGAUCAAAGCGGCGAUCUUCACCAACGGCCUCAGCUCUCUGACAGCCUUCAUCAGCAUCAUCAUUUACUGCCUAUGUUUUCAGCGCUGCUGGGACAACACUCUCUCUGGGGCCCAUUUCUACACAAACUGCAAUGCAACUACCAUCCUGGGGACAGUUCUCUUCCUGUCCAUUCUGGACCUCUUUGUCGCAGUCCUGACCAUAGUGCUCGGCUGUAGGGCCAUCCGGCGAAAAGAGGCCUUGGAGUUGGCGGCCGGCAGGCUGGAGGGACACACUGAAUGGGAGCGUCAAAGACAGAAUGCUGAGACUCCUGCCACCCAGCAGCCGUGACCUGUCCCAGUGUCAGCGAAUGUUCAGUGCUGCCUUGGAACCCCCUGUCCUUUGUCAUCCUCAUCCAAGCAGCCACAUGUCCAUCGCUACAAAGCCCCAGGGUGUUUGGGACGUGGCCGCCGUCGGGCCCCAGGGCACAUCAAGCUAUAGACAAAGCCAGCACUAAAGGGUAUUUCAAAGUACUUAGCACGUAAUCGUGGACCAAAUUUGUUUGAGAAAGUGAUGAUAGUCCACAUAGACUUGGACUGGUCGAUGGCGCACUGUGACUGCGCACAGGUUUGGGACAUCAGCCCCACAUCGCUAGUAUAUUGAUGAACAGCUCCAAGUGUGCGGAAGACCAGGUUCCCAGACGCGCAGUGUCCUCCCUGUUUGGCGGUUACCCGCCGCCCUUGUCAUAUUCCAGCGCAGAGGUGGGGAACAGUCCCUCAGAGCUGAGAAGAGGACCUUAGGCCGUCGACACCUGAAACGCCAGGUGAGGUCCUGUCCCGUGGCGGUAGAAGCCGAGACAGCCGACCGUCCCCACUAUAAGCUCCUGAUGGAUGAACACGAUAUCGCUCACUGUGUGCUGACUUUGAAAAUGGCAAAAAAAUGAAUAUUUGCUUUAUGUCUGUGUUUAAGGGUUGGAAGUCUGUUUGUUUUUAAAGAAUCACCAAGGUGCACUUUGAGAAGGGGACUCAUCAGCUGGCCAACAGCUGUCCUCCUCAGGUAUUGGCUUGUCCAAGCCUUUUUAACCGCUCUACGGGUCCAGUACAAAGGACUGAAAGUUUGGAUCUCAAUAACCCCUGAACAGAAAGGGAAACACCUCAGCAACCUCUCCCUCCUGGUGCCUUUAACUCAGCGGCUCAACAAGGAAGCCCCUGUCUGUCCGUCCUGCCAUGUAUCGACGCACGGCUGGAGCGGACAUUCACUGCAGUGACCCUGAGGGUUCGAGAUCCAUUGUCACUGCAGUUUCUAACACGAAAACUUUACACUCGGUUUAUUAUCCCUAGAUUUCCGUCACGUGUAAUUGAGUCUCCAGCUACAUCCAAUGUACGUUUUUUGAUUCCAUCCAUAAAUCAAGAUUUUUAUUCCACUUCCGAAGUGACCUGAAAGUGUCUUGCACUGUCUGUAUACGCUCAGAAUGUUUUCCUGCACUUUAUUUUUUUUUUAAUCGUACUCUUUCCACACUAGUUUUGUCACUAUUUAGAUGAUAUAACUCAUUACAUUUACAAAUAUGUGUUUUUAUAACUACACUAUUCUAAAGUUUUUGUGUGUCUGUCUUUGGGAACACAGUAAUCUAGUUAGACGUAUCUCUGUGUUUGGGUAUUAAAACGUGUUCCAACCGUGAACACGGAAAAAAGAGUGUUUCCGAAGAUCCACUUUUAAGGUAUUGCUACUAAAAUAAUAUUCUAUUUCAUACUGAAGGAAAUUACUUUCUCUUUAAUGAUGCAAAAUGUUUACUUCUCCCAGCGGCUAAACUUAAUUUAAUGCAUGUCUACAGCAAACAUUGGGUUUGACUUUAUACUUUUACAGAUUAUUUACGUAACCAUCAGAAUAAGCUG